CAACCACGGAGUUACACAGCAACCUGUGAAUUCAGAGCAUAAUUGACGGCGGAGAGUCACAUCAAAGAUGCAGAAGUGCUUUGGAUUGUUUUGCGUGUCGCUCAUCAUCUGUGCAACUCUCUCAGAGACCAUCGGUUUGGUCAUUGCGGCGAAGGAGAAGCGAGGCUGGACUCUGAACAGUGCUGGUUACUUGUUGGGUCCCCGUCGUAUUGAUCACCUAAUUCAGAUAAAGGAUUCUCCAAGUGCCAGAGGCAGAGAUGAACUGGUCACUCAAUAUGGAAUAGAUGGACACCGGACAUUAGGAGACAAGCUGGGUCUGGCUGGCAAGAGAGAUAUGGGUCAGGAGGAAGACUUCAGAACAGGUACCCUAAGAAUAGCAGAUGAAGACCUCAUCCACACCAUCAUUGACUUCCUCUCAUACCUCAAACUUAAAGAGAUGGGAGCUUUGGACACCCUGCAUUCCUAUGUGACAUCAGAUGAACUGACCAAUCCCUAAUGGUUCUGCAUCCCUGGUACUCACAUUCUUACACUCCUGCUACCCAAAAGGUCACCUUACUGUGACUCUGUCAACAUUCUGACACUACAUUUGUCCUUGUACCAAAGAUGUGAUUCCUUAACUCUUCUUUAAUUCUAUUCCUCCCAAUACAAAUAUCAAAUGCUCCUGUGUAAAUAAAAGUUGAUCUCCACUGUAGAUUAGUGUGCACUUGCUGACUGUAGGUGCAUCUAAGUAAUAGGGACCUCUCAUCAGAAACCUGCACUGUAUAAUUAUCUAAAUAUCUGAUUUAAAAGAAGU